AGGAUGAACAGCAGCGCCUCGUGGGUGGGGCCCGGCAUGCUUUUCCAGACGCCCGAGCCAGAGGCGGAGGACCUGAUGGUGAGCAGGCAGAGGAGCUGCGACUCGAUCCUGCACUCGCCCAGGCACCGGGACCGCGAGAUCGACCGGAGCGCCACCAGGAUGUACAGCAGCCCGUGCUUGACGACCCAGAGCGUCGUGGACGUGCAGACCCUCCAGGACGCGCUGGAGAGCAAGAUCUCUUGGAAGCAGGCCGUCGACAGGGCGAUGCGGCCCGUGGCGCCCCUCCCGUGCGAGACGUCCCGGCCGCCCGGCGUGGACCGGCUGCUGCUGAGCGGGCUGUGCCACGCGAGGGAAGCGGCGGGCGCCCGGUCGCCGCCGCUCUCGAGCCGCUCCUCGCCGCAGCUGUCCGCUCGCGGGCCCUGCCGCGACAUGCACGCGCACGCGCCGCCCCUGCGCCAGUCCGCCGCCGCGCCCAGCGCGGCCGUGCGCACGGUCCAGGGCGUGCCCGCGGUGGCCGUGGUGGCGGCGUCGCCGCACCGGCUGGCGCAGCACCCUCUGGGCGGCGAGCAGGUGAUCGUGGUCGGGAGCACCGGCGCGCGGUCCGCUCGCGGGCAGAUGCCGCAGCCCGUGGCCACGGCGCCUGGAGGAUUUCCUUUCGCUCAUCCUGGUCACGCUGGAUCCUCGCGGCCUUGGCGCCGAGAACGGAGGCCCUCGCGCUCACUACACCGUCGUCUACCCCAGCAGUCCGCCCGUUCCCGCGUGAUCGCGACGUGCCAGACCUACGAGAGGUUGUGCACUCUGGAGCUCGAGCUCUAGUCAGUCGGCUUUUCCGACGCCACUCCAUUGUCGAAAUGGCUGGAUGCAGGCAUGAUGAUGCAGCAGCAGCGGUCUGAGACGCGCGGGGAGAGAAAGCUAAUGUGUAAGCGCAUGUGUCGCUUGCGAGCUCUCUUCGUGUUCCCAAUCUACUUCCAACGCCUUCCUACUUUAUGGUUCUACCUACUUAUUCCGACCGAUGGGUACAACUUUCCUCUGCGUGCCCGAAGGCACCAGAUGUGCGGGCUGUGGGCAGCGUGCGCGGCUUUACCGUGACGGCUUUUAGAGUUGCCGGGCUGCUCUUAAGGUGCCUGUACCUUCAGCCCUCGGUAGCAGGCUGCGUAAAGUUUCGGGGCGACGCGUUUGAAUCGCAGCUGGCCCGCCGCCAGUGCUGCUGACGCUCAAGUCGGUUCAUUGCAUGGCAAUCCUAGGAUUGCGGCAGCGUGUUGUUGCGUGCAUGCUGGGUUGGAGAGCGUGUCUGUCACAAUGCUUGCCAUCACAAAA